CAAAAUGACGUCUUAUCUAGAAAAAAUAAUGCGACAUACAAAAAUUGAAAAGUGCGUAGUUUUGCACUUUCGAACGGUCUAGUAUUCUGUUUUUGCUCUCCGCACUUGUCUUGUCUGGCGAACCUGAUCUGAUAUAUAUAUAUUUCGGAUAUAUUUCGUUGAGGGCUCGAGCACAACAUGCAAGUGCUGCUGCAGACCAUUGCCCUGGUUUUGUUGGCCAGCGUUCUUACCUCAGUUUCAGGUCAGGACUGUCCGCCUGACGACCCAGUAUGUCGGCAAAUAGGACAGACAGUAUGUGAACCGCCGUUGUCCGAUAGUUUCGGCAAAUCUCAGUGCGGGGUAUACUGUGAAUUUUGCUUCUAUAACGAGACGACUGAACCCACUACCGGAAUUACCGGGGCGUCUACUUUACCGACAAUUCAGUCGACAGUUUCUACCGAUGUAUGUGGCGAGGACGACCCGAUAUGUCGGGAGAUAGGUGACUCAAUUUGCGGACCAGAGUAUUUCGAUUUCGCCAAACGAAAAUGCGGCGUGUUUUGUGAGUUUUGUUUUGAAAAUAAUACAUUCUCGAGUGAGGGAACUACUGCCUCUAUGCCUUCGCCUAAUGCGACUGUUACCAAGACACCACAGACGGCAGUGACGGAAAUGACAACAACAAAAUCAGCACCAACAGAGCCUUCCACAACAUUAGCGACCGAAACACCAGAGAAUGUGACAGCUUCAACAACAGUAGCGACUGAAACACCAGGAAAUGUGACAGUUUCAACAACAAUUGCGACUGAAACACCAGCAAAAGUAACAAUGCCAACAACAAUUGCGACCGAAACAUCCCCCAGUGUGAUGAUUCUUACAUCAAAAGCGACUGAAACACCACAAAACAUGACUAUUCAAACAACAAAAGCGACCGAAUCACCGAAACCAACAUCAAAAUUGACCACGAUAUUAUUGCCAAGGACAACAACAACGAGCCAGAAACCAACAACUCAAGGACACUGGAUAUUUCAAGACUGCAACAAUACUGCGGAAGUUGUGUUUGUUUUGGAUUCCUCAAGCAGCGUGGGUGAAGAAAACUUUAAGAAAAUGCUUGAAUUUACUCAGAAUAUUACACAAAGUUUGGAGGCUGAAUACGAACGGCUAAACCUCACAGUGAUAACUUUUAACAAUGAAGCUAAGGUUGCUUUACGUCUGAAUGAGUCUGUGGGUGUUGCAACAGCCGUUACCUCGGAAGGAAAUAUCCCCUAUUCACAUGGUGGAACCCAGACCCAUAAAGCCAUUGAGCUUAUGUUUAAAUCAUUUAGCCACAACGUCAACAAUCCGAAGAUUUCUGUUGUUAUUACGGAUGGUGCGUCAUUCGAACCAGACCUAACACGCAAAGCAGCAAAAUACGCAAAGGACAACGGGGUGGCCAUUUUUGUUAUUGGCGUCGGUGAUGAUGUCAAUACUCACGAGACAAAAGACAUCAGUAGUGACCCGGAUGCAAGGUUUCUCUUUCAGCUUAACAAUUUCGCUGCUCUUUCAUCAAUUGCUGCACUGUUACAUUCCAGAAACUGUCCAGUGACAACCAGGCAGCCCAUAGUUACCACGGAGAAAAGUACACCAUCUAAACCAGCCACAACUACAACAAUGGAACCAGUCAGCGAAACUACUAAAACAGUGACGGAAAUGCCAGUUACAGAGCAGACGAUUACAGAAGCUCCCCAGACAGUGCAGACUGUUACUGAAGCACCGCUAACUGUAACAGCUGGUUUUACCAAAGAAACUGGGUCACCUCCACAGCCAGUUUCUGGCCAAACACCAUCACUUAAGCCGGUGGUGGGAGGCAAUUCCGCAACACCUUCUGCAAUGCCGCCAUUCCAGACACCAGCCCUUGUAUCCCCAGGUACUCAGACUCCAAUUGUCGUCCCUGUAGAAACUGGACCGACACCAGGCAGUGUGAGUGGACAGACACCUAUUGUCGUCCCAGUUGAAACUGGACCGACACCUGGUAGUGUAAGUGGGCAGACACCAAUUAUCGUACCAGUAGAAACUGGACCGACACCAGGUACUGUGAGUGGACAGACACCUAUUGUUGUCCCUGUAGAAACUGGAGCGACACCUGUUAGAGUAAGUGGGCAGACACCUAUUGUCGUACCUGUAGAAACUGGACCGACACCAGGCAGUGUUAGUGGACAGACACCUAUUGUUGUCCCGGUAGAAACUGGAGCGACACCUGGUAGUGUAAGUGGACAGACACCAAUUGUCGUCCCAGUGGAAACUGUAACAACAAAGAAACCAGUUACCAUCUCAUCUAUUAUUGUUCCAUUAAACACAGACCAUACGAAUACCCCUAUUACAGUGACGGAAGCUCCAGCUACUGAGACGCCAAUUACUGUCACAGAACAUCCUACAGCAACAACGGAGAAACAAACGACUCUCAAACCUCAAACUACAACAAUCACGGAGGAACCAAACACACCCCAACCUACAGCAACCACGGAGGAACCAAAGACACCCCAACCCCAACCUACAACAACCACGGAGAAACAAACGACUCCCCAGCCACAACCUAUAUCAACAACGGAGGAGCCAAAUACUCCUCAAACAGCUACAGAAAAACAAUCGACUCCCAAACCACAACCUAUAUCAACAACGGAGGAACAAACGACUCCCCAACCACAACCUAUAUCAACAACGGAGGAACCAAAGACACCCCAGUCCCAACCUACAACAACAACGGAGUUACCAAAGACUCCUCAGCCUCAGCCUACAACAACCACGGAGGAACCAAAGACUCCUAAGCCUCAGUAUACAACAACUACGGAAAAACAAACGACUCCCAAACCACAAUCUAUAACAACAACGGAGGAACCAAAGACUCCACAACCUCAAGCAACAACAACCACGGAGAAACAAACGACUCCCCAACCACAACCUAUAUCAACAACGGAGGAACCAAAGACACCCCAACCUCAACCUACAACAACCACGGAAAAACAAACGACUCCCCAGCCACAACCUAUAUCAACAACGGAGGAACCAAAGACACCUCAACCCCAACCUACAACAACCACGGAGGAACCAAAGACUCCCAAGCCUCAGUUUACAACAACUACGGAAAAACAAACGACUCCCAAACCACAACCUAUAACAACAACGGAGGAACCAAAGACUCCCCAACCUCAAGCAACAACAACCACGGAGAAACAAACGACUCCCCAACCACAACCUAUAUCAACAACGGAGGAACCAAAGACACCCCAACCUCAACCUACAACAACCACGGAAAAACAAACGACUCCCCAACCACAACCUAUAUCAACAACGGAGUUACCAAAGACACCCCAGUCCCAACCUACAACAACCACGGAAAAACAAACGACUCCCCAACCACAACCUAUAUCAACAACGGAGGAACCAAAGACACCUGAACCUCAGCCUACAACAACCACGGAGAAACAAACGACACCCAGACCACAACCUAUAACAACAACAGAGGAACCAAAGACUCCCCAACCUCAAGCAACAACAACCACGGAGAAACAAACGACUCCCAGACCACAACCUAUAUCAACAACGGAGGAACCAAAAACACCCCAGCCUCAGCCUACAUCAACUACGGAAAAACAAACGACUCCCGAACCACAACCUAUAUCAACAACGGAGGAACCAAAAACACCCCAGCCUCAGCCUACAACAACCACGGAGAAACAAACGACUUCCAAACCACAACCUAUAACAACAACGGAGGAACCAAAGACGCCUCAACCUCAAGCAACAACAACCACGGAGAAGCAAACGACUCCUCAACCACAACCUAUAUCAACAACGGAGGUUCCAAAGACGCCGCAACCUCAAGCAACAACAACCACGGAGAAGCAAACGACUCCUCAACCACAACUUGUAUCUUCUACAGAGAAACAAUUGACUCCAGAGCCCCAGACUACACCAAGUACUGAAAAUCAAACAACUUUCCGGCCGCAGACAUUAUCAACAACCGUGGCACCAGUCACUUCUACAGAACAAUUAUCGACUACCACCGCAUCAUGCAUAGCGAAGGUAGCGGAUGUUGUGUUUGUUGUGGACUCCUCGGGAAGUAUCGGUAGCGAAAACUUCCAGAAGAUCAGAGAGUUUAUCAAAGACGUCAUAAUGACGUUUGACGUCGAACCAAGUCACACGCGAGUGGCGCUGAUAGAAUACAGUACUUUGGCACAUAUUGAGUUUAAACUGCACGAAAAGGUCAACCAAACUGACCUUUUGAAAGCUAUUGACAACGUCGCCUAUUCUGGGGGAGGAACGGCAACUUCUGAUGCUCUGGAGCUGAUGAGAACUGAAGGAUUUGAUAGGGAGCGCCCAGAUGCCCCUGACAUAGCGGUGGUGAUAACGGACGGACUGUCGAAGUAUCCCCAGAUCACACGCACGCAGGCAAACCUCGCGAAAUCUGAAGGCAUAACCAUGUUUUCUAUUGGUAUUGGCAAUCUAACGGACAAGUCUGAACUUCUCGCUAUAGCCAGUGACAAAAGGUUCUCGUUUGAGGUGGGAGACUAUGAAAAACUGCUGACGCUAGAUAGUGUCGUGGCACAUAUGGCCUGCGGAGUUGUGCUACCGGAACAGCACUAUACACGAAUUUCAACGAUCCCAACGACCACACCGUCGGGUUGUGUAGAUCUGAGCCCCGACUGCACCUCCUACCCACGUGACUCAUGUACGGACUUUGAGCCGUACGCCAGGAAAAACUGUGCAAGAACAUGCGGAUAUUGUCCAGGAUUUCCCCUGGUUGAACCACCAUGUAAGGAUGAACUCGACAACUGUGAACAAUAUGGAACGUAUAUGUGUUAUGAUGAAGCGCAGUAUGACUGGGUAGAUUCCAACUGUCGAAAGUACUGCGGGUUUUGUGGUAACAAGACAGUGUUGUUUGUCAACACAACUCCAUCACCUACGGAAGCGAUUUCUACAGUAUCUACAUGCCAGGAUAAGUUUGAGAGUUGCUCCAGCUACAAUGCUGACCUAUGUACAAACCCCACAUACGAUGCCUGGGCAAGGUCAAACUGUCCAAAAUACUGUGGUUUCUGUUUUAAUUAUAACUACGUUACGAGCGCUGUCGUUAAUCAUAUCAAGUGCCCUUCCUGGAAUCUUCCCGAGCAAUGUACACUGGAGUAUAAAGACGGACAAUGCUGUCCGUUCCCGAAAUGUACCGACGGUCUCCGACUGACUAUAAAACGCCAAUUAUGAUAGAUAAUUUACUUAACAUAACAAAAGCUUAUCACUUCAUAUAAUACAAUUUCAUAGAAUGCAUGUUGUUAUUUUGUAAACUUUAAGACAUAUAUAUGGGAGUGUUUUAGAUAAUCAGUACAUAUACUGCACCAGACUUUGCAAUAAAAACAAGUUCAAAUUGACAUAUUUUGAGAAAUCAAUGUAUUGUUUCUCUAUUGAUGUACUUGAAUGUUUGUCAGUUAGCAUUAUGUUGUUAAAAGCGAGUGGGAACGGGGUAGGUUUUAUUCACUCAGACACAUGUUUCUAAGACAUGUACAUAUAUUUGAUAGAUAUAUGGUAAGUGGGGAUAGUGGGGUGGGGGGACGAAUCUGGCGGAGAUGGUCAGUACAAUGACCUUAUCAUGUUAUUCAGAAUUUACGCUGAAAUAUUGGCAUUAUUGCGUAAGAACAGAAUUAUACCUAUAUAAUUAUUGACAUUAUCGGUGACUUUCUUCUUUCUACGGACACAUCUUGACAAUACAUGUUUUACAAAAACACAUUUGUGUAUAUAGAAACCAAUUAUUUUGACAUAAGUAAAAUUACUGAAAAUGUAAUAAAUGUAUUUUAUUGUUUAGUUAAGUGUUUUCAUUAUAAUCAUAUGGAAUAAAAGCAUGUGGUAUUUA